AUGCAGGAGAUCAUGGCCAAAGAAACUACAAAUGGGCUUCAAUAUUUUGAUCUGAACACUGGAGCAAAGAUUCCUUCAGUUGGUCUAGGAACAUGGAAAGCUGACCCAGGUGUUGUGGGUGAAGCUGUUAUUGCUGCAGUCAAGGCUGGUUACAGGCAUAUAGAUUGUGCUAUGGUAUAUGAUAAUGAAGAAGAGGUUGGGGAGGCUCUGAAAACACUCUUUUCUACUGGGAUAGUAAACCGUAGAGAGAUGUUCAUCACAUCAAAGCUAUGGACCAGUGAUUGUGCUCCUGAAGAUGUCUCAAAGGCACUGGCUAGGACUCUUGAGCACCUGCAGCUUGACUACAUUGAUUUAUAUCUUAUGCAUUGGCCUUUUCGGACAAAGCCAGGUUCAAGAGGUUGGGACCCUGCGAUUAUGGCUCCAUUGUGUCUUCCGGAGACAUGGAAUGCAAUGGAAGGUUUGUUUGCCUCAGGUCAGGCACGUGCAAUUGGGGUGAGCAACUUUUCAACUAAGAAGCUGCAAGACUUGCUUGGAUAUGCUAAGAUUCCACCAGCAGUUAACCAAGUUGAAUGUCACCCAGUGUGGCAGCAACAUGCUCUUCACAAUCUUUGCAUGUCCACUGGUGUUCAUCUCACAGCAUAUUCUCCUUUGGGCUCGCCUGGGUCAUGGAUAAAGGGGGAAGUCUUGAAGGAACCACUGUUGAUUGAAAUUGCUGAAAAGCUUAAUAAGUCUCCAGCACAAGUUUCAUUGCGUUGGGGAAUCCAAAGUGGUCACAGUGUUCUUCCAAAAAGUACAAGUGAAUCUAGGAUCAAGGAGAACCUUAGUUUGUUUGAUUGGUGUAUUCCUCAUGAGCUCUUCUUAAAAUUAUCCCAGAUUCCCCAGCAAAGGUUACUUCGAGGUGAUACUGCAGUCCAUGAAACUUGUAGUCCUUACAAAAGUCUUGAAGAAUUAUGGGAUGGAGAAAUAUGA